GUAAUUACAAAGAAACAACCACCAUCAUCACAUCUCCUGCAACAGAAUUUCUCAAACUUUCGCGACGAUAUGGCUAGCAGGAGAGUUUCCGCCGCGAGUGACGAUGAUUCAACUAUCAAAGUCGCGCCCAAGAGAGAACGAGGAGGAGGCGAUAAGUUAUUAGGCAAUAUCAAAUUAAAGAAGCAGCCUCCGAAGCACAACAAGCCUGGCAAUUGGAGAGAAGGAAGUAUCAUUGAUGUCGACGAGAAGAAGAAAGGAACAGAUACGCCAAGCGCGAAUUCGAUUCCAAGUCCCGGUCCGGUGGUUAACAUGCUGGAUGAUGCCGCGCUUGAAACUUUUGCUACAGGAAGACCUUUAGAAGAUGAUCCCGAUUUACAAGUUUGUAAGCAUUGCAAGAAGAGUGUGUUAAAGACCGCAACAGUUUCGCAUGUAAAAGCAUGUUUGAAUGCGAAGAGAGUCAAAUUAUUGAAGAAGAAAGAAGCGAAAGAAGCUAGGGAUAAAGUCAAAAAGAAAUUGGCAAACAAAGAUGUUGAUGGGGAUGGAGAUACGAAGAUGGGGAGUGAUGAUGAUGACGAUGAUGAGGAGAAGGGUCCGGGUGGCUUUAAAAGUUCGAAGAAGAGCGCGGGUAAAAAUAAUGGGGAUGCGAAGGGGAAGAAGAGAAAGGCGGAUGGCGAAGGGGAAAAGGGUCCAAAACAGAAGAAGAAGAAGGAAGAGCCAAAACCAAAGGCUCCCAAGCCGAAAGGUCCAGUCGAUGUAGAACGCCAAUGUGGAGUCCUGAAAGAUGGUGUUCCUUGCGCUCGCUCGUUAACCUGCAAAUCGCAUUCUAUGGGAGCCAAAAGAGCUGUUCCUGGUCGUACCUUACCUUACGAUAUGCUCCUUUCGCAGUAUCAGAAGAAAAAUCAAGCCAAACAACAAAAAGCAGCAAUUGACGCCAAUGCCCCACUUGAAGACGAAGAACUUCUAAAUGGUCCUAUCGACUCUGAUGAAGAACUUCUCGCUGUUCAGUCCGGUCUCGCAAAUUGGAAUCCACAACCUUUAGUCCCACCACUCAUACAAUAUCCAAUUCAGUAUCGAUACAGAGAUGAAAGAUUAUGGGAACAAUUGCACAACGCUACGAAUGGAUUUACAUUAAAUAUAUGUAAGGUAGUCCAGAAAGCGACGCCAACGAUAGAGAACGGAGAGGACGCUUUAGGAGAUGAGAUAAUGGGGGGAAUGGGAGAGGGCGGGAAUGAAAAUGGGAAUGGGGAAAUGAGCUUGCCGGGUAGAAGACAGAGUGGAUUUGCGUUGCAAAGUGCUCCGCAGAGAAAACAAAGUAUGGCUGCACGGGUUUGAGUCUGCUUUACUGGAUUUGUGAUUUCAUUACUUCAUGUUCUCGGGGACACUUUUUUCUUCUAGUUGUUUCAGUCCGAUUGGAACAUUCACGUUCACCGUUUCCGACAGUCACUUACAAACAUUCGGUUCCUUCGGUUAGGCGUUUCUUCCAUCUGUAAUUCGUUAAUCGAUUCGAUCUUCUAGAUCCCGGUUCUAGAUACUUCUUGGGUAGGGUGGACAGGGAUGCGCUGGCUUGGAUCUCUUUAUAGCGAUUUUUUAUGGGAAUGGGGGGUAGUUUGCUUUAUGGGUACAUCAGUACAUGGAAAUAUGGCGUUGUCUUGGGAUAAGAGGGUGGUGGGACGAAUUGAGCAUGUGAUGCUCACUAUUCAUCCAAUCAUAGAUGUGCAAGAACACAAGUUGAUUAUCAUGAUCUGAUCUGGUCCAGAUAGAUGAUCGAUGAUUCACGCAAGGCGUUUUAGGAAUGUGUUUAUGGAUGGCUGGGAGUGUAUUGGAUUGGGGAUGUCUAUUAUGGGUGGGAUAUAUCAAAUAUGGAUAGGAUAGGAUGGGGUUGGAUGGGGUGUUUUUUAAAUUAAUAGGCAGACGAAUGGAUCUGGUAUUCA